GAAGUCUCCUGACCCUUCUGCUUGAUGCCCUGCCCCUUCUGGGGCAGCCCACAGCCACUUCAGAUAUUUGUAAAGUUGCCCCCCAUCAAAAAUUAUUGCCCACCCCUCCUAUAACCAGUGAGAUUUUCAGCAGUUACAUAAUUAAUCUAUUAUACAAUAUUUAACAUUCCUAGUACAAAUGUUGCACUCUUUUUGGACACAGCUAAGGCACUUCAUUACUGAUACUGAAAAUUUAGAAUUUUGCUCCUCUUCUAUAAUCAGCCAAUGUAAGCCUAUUUUCUUAAAUUUCUUCCAGUGAAUUAUUCUCACCAUCUCAAAAGUACCAGCUUCUUGUGUACCAUGCAGAUUCUCUCUUCCAUGACAAGGAAUAUAGGAAUGCUGUAAGUAAGUAUACAAUGGCCUUGCAGCAGAAGAAAGCACUAAGUAAAACUUCAAAAGUAAGACCUUCUACUGGGAAUGCUGCAUCCACUCCACAAAGUCAGUGCCUGCCAUCUGAAAUUGAAGUGAAAUACAAGAUGGCUGAAUGUUACACAAUGUUGAAGCAAGACAAAGAUGCUAUUGCCAUACUAGAUGGAAUUCCUUCAAGACAGAGAACUCCUAAGAUUAACAUGAUGUUGGCAAAUUUGUACAAGAAGGCAGGUCAAGAACGCUCAUCUGUUACCAGUUACAAAGAAGUGCUGAGACAGUGUCCAUUAGCACUCGAUGCCAUACUAGGUUUGCUGUCACUCUCAGUAAAAGGAGCAGAAGUAGCUUCCAUGACGAUGAAUGUUAUUCAAAGCAUCCCUAAUUUGGACUGGCUUUCAAUGUGGAUCAAAGCAUAUGCAUUUGUGCACACUGGAGAUAACACCAGAGCAAUCAACACUAUCUGCUCUUUAGAGAAAAAGUCUUUAUUGAGGGAUAAUGUGGAUCUAUUGAGUAGCUUAGCAGACCUGUAUUUCCGAGCUGGAGAUAAUAAAAACUCAAUUCUGAAAUUUGAGCAGGCACAAAUGCUGGAUCCUUAUCUGAUAAAAGGAAUGGAUGUAUAUGGCUACUUACUGGCACGUGACGGUCGACUGGAGGAUGUGGAGAACUUGGGCUGCCGUCUUUUCAAUAUUUCUGAUCAGCAUGCAGAGCCAUGGGUGGUGUCUGGGUGUCACAGUUUCUACAGCAAGCGAUACUCCCGCGCCUUAUAUUUAGGAGCCAAAGCAAUUCAGCUGAACAGUAACAGUGUUCAAGCUUUGCUGCUGAAAGGAGCUGCUCUUAGGAAUAUGGGCCGAGUACAAGAGGCAAUUAUACAUUUCCGGGAAGCAAUACGCCUUGCACCUUGCAGGCUUGACUGUUAUGAAGGCCUCAUUGAUUGUUACCUGGCAUCCAACAGUAUCCGUGAAGCAAUGGUCAUGGCUAACAACGUGUACAAAACCCUGGGAGCAAAUGCACAGACUCUUACUCUGUUAGCAACAGUCUGUCUUGAAGAUCCAGUCACACAAGAGAAAGCAAAAACUUUAUUAGAUAAGGCACUGACACAGAGACCAGAUUAUAUUAAAGCUGUGGUAAAAAAAGCAGAGCUUCUUAGUAGAGAACAGAAAUAUGAAGAUGGAAUUGCUUUGUUGAGGAAUGCACUGGCUAAUCAGAGUGACUGUGUUCUGCAUCGAAUACUGGGUGACUUUCUUGUAGCUGUCAGUGAAUAUCAAGAAGCCAUGGACCAGUACAGUAUUGCUCUAAGUUUGGAUCCCAACGAUCAGAAGUCUUUAGAAGGAAUGCAGAAAAUGGAAAAGGAGGAGAGUCCAACAGAUGCAACCCAGGAGGAGGAUGUGGAUGACAUGGAGGGAAGUGGAGAAGAAGGGGAUUUGGAAGGGAGUGAUAGCGAAGCAGCACAGUGGGCAGAUCAAGAGCAAUGGUUUGGCAUGCAAUGAAGGCUUUACUCAAACUGAUAUGGGUUUCAGUUUUUAAACGUGCCAUGAGGUCCAUAGUUCUCUAAAGGAAAAAUAUCAGCGCAACUUUUGUACUAAUGCACUGGAUUUCUUUAUAAAACAAAUGACUCUGAAACAAUUUAAUAGUUUUCCAUUACAGUUAUGUUCAUGUUAGUGAUGCUUCCUAUUUAUCAAUUAUUAGAAUGAGCCUGAACCAUGUUGGAAAUUAUUUGUAAAAGUGGUUCAAUCUUUACUCGCUGAAGCUAGAAUCUUGAGUAUAAAGCAUUUUAAAUAAUAUACGUACUACUAGUGACUAAAAUGUCAAAAUUGUGUUUGCAACUAAGUAUUCUUGAUCCUUAGCUAUAAAAUGUAAAUAUAAGAGUUUUUUAUUCCAUUGUGAAAGCCAUUAUUCUUUUGUCUGGGCUCAUGCAUGAAUUCUUGUGAAAGCUUGAAGGAGUCAUUCAUAUGUAUUUGAAGGGAGUUAUUUUUCUACUUCAGCCAAUUAACCUGUGUUUUGUGUAAGAGAUUGCACUAGCGCUAAUAGUGGAGUUUGUAUUUCAGGCAUCUCUGACUUGUAGGAUGCUUUGUAACUAAUCAAUUUGUAGUAUUCUUUGCUCAUGAAUGUUAGAAUUAUUGUAAUUUCUCCAAUCCAUACAAAGCCCUUUAAUCAUUUAAAACCUGUAUGUGAACAUUUAUUUCUAAAUGGAAUUCAAUUUUAUUUAGGUAAGUUACUAAAAGGCCCACCGCAGCAAUUACACAAAGGCACUUCACAUCCUAUGCGUCGCAUUGUCAGUUAAAGAAAUUAACUUCUCCCAUGCAUCACUAAUAGAAAUUUUAAAUUAGAA